AUAAGCACGUGGCUUGGGGAGUGUUGACGGGCUCAAAAUAAAAGCGCAGUUUCCCAACACACAGAAAACAAGAACACAAGAAGAGAGAAUGAAGCUUUCAGUGCGAGUAAGGGGCGAGUGGUUUGCAGUUCCAUGCAGCAGGGGGAAUGAAACUAUAGGUUGGCUAGGUGAAGAGGCACUCCGUCGAUACACGAGAAACAAAAGCGGCACAGUUGAGCAUGAUUCCAACAAAAAUGUGACCGAGAUUGAAAAAGUAUUUGAAGUUCGUAAAACGCAAGGAGGGGCCAUUCUCGAUCCUGCUGACCUAAUUAAAUCCGUGCUUGAUGACAACGAGUUUGUUUCAGUUGUAUUGGAAAGCGAUGUCUCCAGCCCAAUCACAGGCCCAGUGGAAGUAACCUAUAUACCAGAGCAAGUUCCAGGCUCAUAUAUUCUACCCAAUGAGUACAUUCACUUGGAUGGCAGUAGCCUCACAGCUGAUGACCUCAUGAGGCUAGGGAAGGGGGAGUACAAAAUAAAGGUAACUACAGAAAGUUGGGAAAAGGUGGACAAGGCAAGAGCCCUGCUUGAUUGCAUGGUGAAAGAAAAUAAAACUGUGUAUGGAGUCACUACUGGCUUUGGCAAGUUUGCAAGGGUUGUUAUUGAACAAGAAAAGCUGCUGGAGUUGCAGAAAAACUUGAUUCGUUCACAUGCAGCUGGUGUUGGUCCACCUCUUUCGCCUGAGCGCACACGCAUGUUGCUGGCCUUAAGAAUUAACGUCAUGGCAAAGGGCCACAGUGGCAUGUCAAGGAAAAGCAUGGGUCACUUCAUAGAUGCAUUCAAUGCGUCCUGUCUGCCCUGGGUGCCAGAGAAGGGUACCGUGGGCGCCAGUGGUGAUCUCGCCCCCCUGUCUCAUCUGGCUCUGGGGCUCAUGGGGGAGGGUAAGAUGUGGAGCCCAGAGAGUGGAUGGGGAGAGGCAAAAUAUAUUUUAGAAUCUCAUGGACUGAAACCUGUAGAAUUUGGAGCAAAGGAGGGUCUAGCUGCCAUCAAUGGUACCCAACUUAUUACUGCCCUUGGCAUAGAAGCUGUGGAGAGAGCUGGGACAGCUGCUCGCCAGGGAGAUGUGAUUGCUGCUUUGACCAUUGAUGUUCUGAAAGGAACAACCAAGGCAUUUGAUACUGACAUCCAUAAACUGCGUCCACACAAAGGCCAGAUUCAGGUGGCCAGAAGACUGCGCUCUCUGCUCCAUUCCACUAUCUACCCCUCAGAGAUAGCAGAGAGUCACAGGUUUUGUGACCGUGUCCAGGACGCUUACACACUUCGCUGCACUCCACAGGUCCAUGGUGUGGUCCAUGAUACUGUAGACUUUGUAAAAGGAGUUCUCACUGUGGAAAUGAACAGUGCUACUGACAAUCCUAUGAUAUUCCCUGAUCGUGGGGAAUCCAUUUCUGGUGGGAACUUCCAUGGAGAAUAUCCUGCAAAGGCUCUUGAUUAUCUUGCCAUUGGGAUCCAUGAAAUUGCAAACAUGAGUGAGAGGAGAACCGAAAGACUUGUAAAUCCAGCAUUAAGUGAGCUUCCCCCAUUCCUCACCAGUGGUGGUGGUCUUAACUCAGGGUUCAUGAUAGCACACUGCACUGCUGCAGCAUUAGUGUCAGAGAACAAGACCCUGUGUCACCCCUCCUCUGUGGAUUCCCUGUCAACCAGUGCUGGGACAGAGGACCAUGUCAGCAUGGGGGGCUGGUCUGCCAGGAAAGCACUGAUGGUGGUGGAGAACGUGGAACAGGUAUUGGCCAUAGAACUCCUGUCAGCCUGCCAAGCUAUAGAGUUCCUGAGACCCCUGAAGACUACAGCUCCUCUGGAAGAGGUCCACAAACUGGUCAGAACUGUGGUCAAGUCCUGGGACAAGGACAGAUUCAUGGCACCAGACAUAGAAGCUGUCACCAAGCUGCUCCGUUCGGAACAGAUUUGGCGCACUGUGAAACCUUUUAUGGAUAAAUAUGUGGAGCUUCAGAUCCCAGACACCCCAGUGUGCUCCCCUACCAGUGUCAAGGUCACCAAUGGUCCACCUGCAAAGAAAAGAAAGUCGCACAAAUGAAGUUGGUGUUUGUGUUAUUAUCAUGUUAUAAAGUGAUAUGAUUUCAAAAAAUCAGAAGACAGAAUUUUUUGAAAACUGCAUAGUUUCUGAACCAAGUUGAUUAGAUUUUUUAAAGAUACAAUUUUACAAGAGCGGUGUUUUCUGAUUUGAUUAUUAUCCACUGCUGUGUUUUUAUAAUUCAGUUGGUUGCUUGAAUGUAUUGAUGGUUCACUUGUUAUAGUCCUCUUGAGAUUUUUUGCAUUCCAUUUGGGUAAUUCCUCCUUUUAAUUGCACAUUAGGUUGCCAAUUUGGAUCACCGGGGAUGCUAAAGCCAUGCUGUAAUAUACACUGCCUUUGUGUAUGGUUUGAUUUCUUUUCAGUAAUCCAACUGUUUCUGCUUCAUGUAUUUCACCUAUUGUGUUUUGCAGUGACUUACACUGUUAAAUAAUUAUGAUAGCAGUGAUGGUAACUGCUGAAAUUACAUGACAUUUAUGUAUUUUUUGAAUUGCAUGAUAAAAUAGAAUAUUCCGUCCAAGUUUUAGAAAUAUGUGAUGAUCUCAAUGUAUUGGUGUAUACAUAUAUGGUUUAGAACCUAUGGUUUAGUACAUAUUGCUGUGUGUUUUGUGUGUGUGUGCACGCGCACGUGUAUGUGUAUGUGUGUGUGCAUGUGUGUGUGUGUGUGUUAAGUUGGGGGCAGCUAUCUUUUUUUCAAUAAACAGAAUUCAUUAACAACAUAUACUCCUAGUUGUGAGCAUGACAUUUAAUAGAAUUUUCUUUUACCAAAACUAAACUGUAUUGGUAUAAAUUUAUACCUUGCAAUAUUUUGUCAGGUGGUCAUACAUUUUGUAUAUACCAGUGUUUUCCUAUAUUGGUAAAAGAAAAAAGUCAACAUAUUGGAAGUUCACCCUUUCAUACAUACAGACUACUUGAGUUAAGAAUAACACUGGAAAGUUUGUUGUGGCAAGUGUGAGUAAAAUUACAGUUAAGCUCAUGGCAGACGACCAACGCUGCAUUUAGGAACCCUUUAAAACUUGCCUUAAAUUUCACUAUGUGACUUGCAUAACUUUUCAGUAUGCAGAUGGUUUAACAGGAGUCUAAAGUUCUGCUUAGUUUUUUUUAGAAUGGAAUAUUUUUUUAUCAGUGAUUUAGGUUGUGAGGGACCCAACUGGUAGGUCUAUAUAGAUCUUUUUUUAUUCUGUAUUACUUUAUGAUAAUUUUUAAAAUUAUUUUUUGCACAAAAGUGACAAUUUCAGUAUUGUGUCUUAUGUAUACCCUUGGAUCAUGCUUUCUGGCUUUGUUUGGACAAAAGUGCAAGAUAAAAACAAAGAAUUUUGAAAUAUGUGUAAUUUCAAGUUUUAAUUACAUGAUUUUUUAAAUGACUAAACAAACAUGUUAUAAGCUUGUAUACUUAACCAUUAUUUUUGGUGACAAUAUCAAUUAUUUCCCCCGUUCUACAUCCAGGGUUAACAUUGAAUAAAUUCCAUAAACAUCUGUUAAAGGGGUAAAUUAAUCAACAUAAAACAAAAAAAAUUACUUAAAGCAAAAUUUUACAGUACUUUUAUUAGUUAGCACAUUGACGUUGCUCAGCAAAAGUGUGUUUUUGAAGUUUUUUUUGCCUUAUUUUGUACAAUAAUUAUUAAACUUACAGUUUUUAUUUUUAGCUAUUGCUUUAUUGUUAUUUUUUGUGUGUGUUCAAUAAACACAUUAAAAUUUUUUCUUAUAUUUUUGUGUAAUUGUAUACAUUUACACAGUAUAUUGAAUGAUGGGGCCAUUUUAGGUUGAUAUUACUGUAUCUGACACAUACAGUUGUUCACAUUUGUAUUAUCAUUUUCAGCAGAUAUUUUGCUUGAAUAAAAUAUAUGACAAUGUUUA